UCUCUCCUUGCUUUCCUGCUGCUGCUGGACGGAGGCAUGUUCUCAUCGUCCUCCCCGCCCACCGGGCUGCUAGAGAAGGUCUUCCAAUACAUCGAUCUCCAUCAGGAUGAAUUUGUACAGACGCUGAAGGAGUGGGUGGCGGUCGAGAGCGACUCGGUCCAGCCCGUACCGCGCCUCCGACGAGAGCUGCUCAGAAUGACGGGCCUGGCCGCAGACCGGCUCCGGCGCCUGGGAGCGCGCGUGCACUUGGCGGACGCGGGCUUUCAGCAGCUGCCUGAUGGUCAGAGCCUUCCGAUACCUCCCAUCAUCCUGGCCGAACUGGGGAAUGAUCCCAAGAAGCCCACCGUGUGCUUCUACGGCCACUUGGACGUGCAGCCUGCCAGACAGGAGGAUGGGUGGGUCACGGACCCUUACACGCUGACGGAGGUAGACGGAAAACUGUAUGGCCGAGGAACGACAGACAACAAAGGCCCUGUUUUAGCGUGGAUCAACGCUGUGAGCACAUUCAGAGCCCUGGACGAGGAUCUGCCCGUGAACGUCAAAUUUGUCAUCGAGGGGAUGGAGGAGGCUGGUUCUCUUGCCCUGGAGGAACUUGUCCAGAAAGAGAAGGCCGGGUUCUUCUCAAGCGUAGACUACAUCGUGAUUUCAGACAAUCUGUGGAUCAGCCGGAGGACGCCCGCGCUCACGUGUGGGACACGAGGGAACAGCUACUUCAUGGUGGAGGUGAAGUGCAGAGAUCAGGAUUUCCACUCGGGGACCUUUGGUGGGAUCCUUAACGAACCUAUGGCAGAUCUGGUCGCUCUUCUUGGCAGCCUGGUGGACUCUUCUGGUCGAAUUCUGAUCCCUGGAAUCUAUGACCACGUGGCUCCUGUUACAGCAGAGGAAAAGAGAACAUACGAAGCCAUCGAUCUGGACCUCGAGGAGUACCGGAACAGCAGCCAAGUUAAGAAAUUUCUGUUUGACACCAAGGAGGAACUUCUAAUGCACCUGUGGAGAUACCCAUCUCUUUCUAUUCAUGGGAUUGAGGGCGCGUUUCAUGAGCCUGGAGCCAAAACAGUCAUCCCUGGCCGAGUGAUAGGAAAAUUUUCGAUCCGUCUAGUCCCUCACAUGAACAUGUCUGUGGUGGAGAAGCAGGUGAAGCAGCAUCUUGACUAUAUAUUCUCCAAAAGAAAUAGCUCCAACCAGAUGACUGUAUCUAUGACGCUAGGAGUACACCCGUGGAUUGCAGAUAUUAGAGAUAAUCAGUAUCUUGCGGCAAAAAGAGCCAUCAAAACAGUGUUUGGGACAGAGCCAGACAUGAUCCGAGAUGGAUCAACCAUACCCAUUGCCAAAAUAUUCCAGGACACCAUCCAGAAGAGCGUGAUGAUGCUCCCGCUGGGCGCUGCUGAUGAUGGCGAGCACUCUCAGAAUGAGAAAAUCAACAGGUGGAACUACAUAGAGGGAUCCAAAUUAUUUGCUGGCUUUUUCCUAGAGAUGGCUAAGCUGCAUUAAUCAUGGUAGGAACCU